AUGGGUAUUAAGGUGAAGUUGAUUAACGGUGAGCGUUUAAACGAUCUACCUGCUAUUUUCAUCUCGAAUCAUCAAUCUGAAAUGGAUAUUCUAAUGUUGGGACGGACAUUCCCACCUGGAUGCACUGUGACUGCUAAGAAGCAGUUGAAGUGGGUCCCAUUCUUGGGUUGGUUCAUGUCUUUGAGUGGAACUUUGUUUUUGGAUAGAUCUAACAGGGAGAAGGCCAUCAAGGUGUUGAAUGACUCGUUGGCCACUUUGAAGAAGGAAAAAAGGGCUAUAUGGAUUUUCCCUGAGGGUACAAGGUCUUAUUCUACAAAGUUGGAAAUGAAAGACUUCAAAAAGGGUGCUUUCCAUUUAGCACAGCAGGGGAAGAUUCAAAUUGUUCCUGUUGUUGUUUCAAACACGAGUUCCAUUUACCAUCCAAGAAGCAGGGUGUUCAACAGAGGAACCAUUACUGUCAAAGUGUUGGAGCCAAUUAACACGGAUAAUCUAAAGAAAGAGGAUGUCCCAGAAUUAUGCGAGAAGGUGUUUAAGAUGAUGAAUGAAGAAUUGAAGAAAAACGUGGGAUACUCUGAGCCUAUUGUGGACACUGUUUUGCCUGCAGAUGUUAUUGCAUACAAUGCAAGUAAAUCUCUAAGCCAAGAUGGUCAAGAACAAGAAACACAACCUCUUGAAGCUGCUGCCCAUGAUGUUGAAGAGACAGCGGACGAUCAUGAAUCAAUCCAUUCAGCAGAAACCGAUGCUACAAACCCAGAACCUACGGAGCGUACUAGUCUGUUAAAGGCCUAA